ACAUACUUAACAAAUCACUAUAGCAUAUACUGUCUCAGAUUGUUAUAGUCUUCACUAGUCAUUGCUCAGUUAUGGUUCCUAACAAAGGAGAUUCUUCUGCUCUCGUGCUUAUGUCCUGCCAGAUGGCUACCAUCUCACAGCUAACCAAUGAUGGCAAUUCAUAGCAUCACUAGCCAUCUCUGUCUACUCACUGACUCCCAACUGGGUAAUUUCUGCUGAUGGCCUUGCUAUAUAGCCUCAGCAUGGAUGGCACAGAAAAAUAGUGCUUCCAGCAGUUCUUCUAUUAUUGUGUGCAUAUCCAUUGCUGCAGGUAUGCAUUUAUCAAGCUGGUCCCAAGCAACGGCUGUCUUCUUCAGUCAUCAUGACACAGCAUGCUUGAGAUAGAAAAACAUCGCUGAUACACAGGUUCUUGGAUCGAAAUGAAGGUGCUAAACAGACUCUUGCUUUGGAAUACACUUUUGGAAGAAGAGCUGGGAAAAGUAUGGUGAAGGAUGUUUGUCACAUCUGGGAGCUUGGAGGAGGUACACUGUACCCUACCCUGCUUAGUGCACCACUGGCAGCUGCCUCACAUGAUUUAAGUCACCUCACUGUGGUCCUGAUGUUGGACCUGUCUGCCCCACAGCAGCUAUGGUUCACUUUAGAGACUCUGGUUCAGAAACUGCACAUGGCUUUGAGACAACAAGCCUCUGUGCUGUCAGGAAGGAAUGCAGGAGAGUUCAUCGAGAAGCUUCAAGAAGCAGCCUGGAAGAGAGUUGGCAAAGAUAAUGAGGACAAAGAGUACAUGGAUCCCUUUCCAGUCUCGUUUGUUAUUUUGGGAGGAAAGUAUGACAUAUUUCAGGACUUUGAUUCUGAGAAAAAGAAAGUGGUAUGUCGCUGUUUGCGAUAUGUAGCACAUACACUGGGGGCCACUCUGCAGUUUUACAGCUUAAAGGAUUCUGGACUUGUCAAGAAAGCAAAAGACUUACUGAAUCACCAUGGAUUUGGAGGACCUCCAGUCAAAAGCAUAUCCCAAGACUAUAACAAACCACUGCUGAUACCUGCUGGUUCAGAUUCAAUGCAACAGAUUGGAGGUUUAGGAGCAUCACGAACAGGAACCAUCAGUAAAGGACCUGGAGCUGCUAUUGACAGAUGGAAGCAUACAUUCACCACUCAUUUUCCGCAGGAAACAUCAGAAAAAUCUGUAAUGCCUGAUGAUCCUGCUAAAGAUCUCAAUUUUCAAGAGCCAAUCAUCGAUUCCCUAAGAGCACAGAAGGAUGAUAAUUUAUUAUUAUUUUUUCAGGAACUGGAAAGGUAUCGUCAGGUAGCUGAAAGAAGACGUCAUUUCAAAAAUGAUACUGAUGACAUAUAAUAGAACUUCUACAGUGAUGUAUUAAUUUUAUGUAUAAGACACAGUUUUCCUAUGGUGUGGUGACCUCAGAGCUUCUUGCAGAUGACUGAGCUACACAGGCGGAAGAAAUUGAUGCUUCUCCUGCAGAACUGCAGUGCAGAGGCACAGACUGCUAGCGAAUUCACAAAUCAAACUUCAGAUUACAGCACAUGCUUGAAAUACUUUUAUGCAUGCAUUCCUAAUGGGCCCAACUGAGGAGGUCUAUCAUGCCCCAUCCACCUGAGGAUGGAGACAGACAAGUCUCUUAAAACGUUGUGGUUUUUUGUCUUAUAUAUACCAGACUAUAGAUAAAGACCAAAAUAAGCCUUAUACACGUAGUUCUGUACACCAUACACAAUUGUUAGAAUCCUUUCAAGUCUAUAGUAAUGAAAGUUCAGGUUUCAUAUAAAAUAGAGGAUUUCUUAACUAGCUGAGUUAUUAAUAGCUUUAAAGAAGGGCCUUGCUCCACAAAAUUACAAGUACUACUUUACUUGGAUGAACACAUAAUAAACAUUAAAGAUGUUACAUGUUGGUGUGAAGGGUGAUUACAAAUGAUCUAAAAACAAACUGAAAAUCAGAACAGAGUAACACAGAAUUACUGGACACUUUUUUUUUGGUGUCCUACUGAAGUUCACCAUGUUUUUCAACAGUGACUCUUCAAACAGCA